AUGGACACACCAACAUGGGAUCAUUGCAAGCACGAUAGCUCUCAUGAUACGGCAUCCGCAGCAGCUGCGGUUAGGACUGGGUCGAAUAUUGACUACGCGUUUCUCCAACUCUUCGCGCGAUCCGGGCGGGUUGAACCCGCCCUGGAGCGUCCAGACAACUACCAUCCUCCGCUGUUUCUUUCAAUGAUUGUCGACGACAGGAUAGACAAAUACCCUGGGUCCUCUGAUCUACAGAGUGUUACUCCUAACGAUUUCUAUCAGUCACCAGAUUCAGAGUUAUUCUCACAGAGUUUUGAGGCAGUCGCUCGAGCAGAGUCAGAUCAACCUCUGCUUCCUUCUUACUCUCCCCAUAGGCGUUCCAAUGAAUCCACUCUGGAGCAGGGGGGAGCAUCUUUAGAAAAGCGGUUUACGUGGGGUCUUUCCGAAAAGGAAAGUAGUCCCAAACAUGGCUCAAAGCUCGACGCCGAAGCCGCAUUUCAAGACGACGGGCGACUUCAAAUCUCCUUUGGCCAUCGGUUGUCCAAACGAUUGCCAUCGAAUUAUGCCGAGCCGGUGAACGAAAUUGGACUCGACGAAGUGGGGUUCCGCGAUGCACCUCCUAUGAACGUCAACAUCAUGAUCGUAGGAAGCAGGGGGGACGUACAGCCUUAUCUUGCACUUGGCCAGAGGCUUCAAAACUACGGCCACACCGUUCGAAUAUCGACACAUGAAACAUUUCGCAAACUAGUGAAAGACUCUGGGCUACGUUUCUUUAACAUCGGGGGAGACCCUCAUGAGCUAAUGAGCUACAUGGUUCGGAAUCCUGGACUCAUUCCUGGUUUCGAAAGUGUGCUGAAAGGCGACAUUGGGAAGAAACAAGUGAUGGUCGCUGAGAUGCUUGAAAGGUGUUGCCUAUCGUGCUAUGAAGUUGACGAAGAGUCACCGAAUGAAGGUGGAUUUGUAGCAGAUGCGAUAAUAUCCAAUCCGCCCACGUUCGCUCACAUUCAUUGCGCCGAAGCGCUUGGCAUUCCGUUACUCUUGUCGUUCACUAUGCCAUGGUGUGCUACUGCUGCCUUCCCGCAUCCGUUGGUGAACGUCAAGCAGAGCGGGUCGCACGAGCCAAAUGCGGUGAACUAUUACUCGUACACCCUGGUAGAUAUGCUGACAUGGCAAGGACUUGGCCAUGCUAUCAACAAGUUCCGUACCAAAAAACUAGGGCUCCCCUACUUGUCAACUGCAUCAGCCGUCACCAUGAUACAGCGCAGCGCCAUUCCAUGGACUUAUUGUAUCUCACCUGCCCUCAUUCCGAAACCUCAGGAUUGGUUGACACAUAUUGAUGUGGUUGGCUUUUAUUUUUUGGAUCUAGCCAAUAACUACGUCCCUCCCACUGACCUGUUCGAUUUUCUGGCUUCAGGAGAGCCACCAAUCUACGUUGGAUUCGGUUCAAUCGUUCUGAAUGAUCCUCAAGAAAUGACUAGAGCCAUUCUUGCAGGGAUAUCACAGGCUGGAGUGCGAGCUAUAGUGUCGCCGGGGUGGGGCGGGCUCGAUGAGACGAUGGUCAAAUCGGCAGGGCCACAUGUAUUUGCUCUCGGAAACGCGCCCCACGAUUGGCUCUUUCAACAUGUAAGCGCCGUCUGCCAUCAUGGAGGGGCAGGUACAACUGCCAUUGGCUUGAAAUGUGGGAAACCUACAAUCAUUGUCCCAUUCUUUGGUGAUCAGCCAUGGUGGGCUGCUCAGCUAGCGCAGCAGGGCGCUGGACCCGAACCCCUUGACUCGAGAAACUUGACUUCGGAGGGCUUUGCCGCUGCCAUUCGAGCUGCUCUAUCCCCGGAUACCAUCGAAGCGGCACAAAGAAUUAGAUCCCGCGAAUAUAAGACGCAUGCAUCGGCCACAGACCCUAUUAGCGGCACCGCACUUCCACUUCUCAGAGUUGUCAAUGGUUUUGUUCAUGGGGUGGUAAAAAUAGGAUCCAGUAGGCCUGAUAAAGGGGUUGCAAAGAUGGUUACUUCAACCGUUGGAGGAGUCCAAACGGUUCUUCAAGGUGUAACAGAGGGGCUUACCAAUGUUCCUAAGCUUUAUGGGAGUGAAGUUCGCGAAACUAAACCAGUGACUGGAUUCGCCUCUGGUAUCGUGGAGGGUGGUAAGGGCUUCGCCUAUGGACUUUAUGAUGGAAUUACUGGUUUAGUAAAUGAACCGGUGAAGGGUUUCAAGGAAAAGGGUGCUUUGGGUGCUGCCAUUGGAGUUGGCACUGGGGUACUAAGCUUCUACAUGAAACCUGCUGCUGGGUUUCUCCAAUUUUUUUCCAUGCCGAUGGAAGGCGGGGUCAAAGAUAUCCGCACUCUGUUCACCAAAGGUAUAAGCCAGGAAAGAAUAGCGACAAGACGUGCCGAAGGCGUUCUUGUUGUAAAACAAUCGAGUCAAGAAGAGCAAGAUUCGAUUAUCCGAGCGUUCGCUGAACACAAGGACAAAACACUGCGCGAUAGGAAAGGAAAAGGAAGGUUACAGUAA